GCUUUAGAAUUAAACCUCUACUGUACUAACAUAUUCCAAAAACAAAAACUUGUGAUGAAAAUACAGGAGAUUAUUCAUUACUUCCCCAGUUUUCGAUGGAAAAUUCGUCACCGAAAACCAGGACCUCCUUGGUCAGUGGUAUAACUAGAUGUGAAACGACACAAAGUUUCUUCACGGCGCCUGGCACUUUCGUUGUUUUCAAAGCGUCAGGGAGAAUCAGGAAGUUACGUUAAAGUUUACAUGCUGACUAGUGUGAAAUUUACCAAAUCAGGGACACCCAUUCCCUUGGAUUCUGCUGGAAACGAGAUUUGUUUGUUAUUUCUGAAAUAUGGAAGAUGCCGCUUUAGGAAGAAAUGCAAGAAAUCACACUGGACACCACCUUUGCCAAAUGAGGAGUCCCCACCGCCACCACCUCGCCCACCAUCCCCUCCCUCAUCAUUUCCUGACCGUUGCAGUUCCUUUGAACAAGAAGUUGCCAACCCACAUAUUUCUGUACUGGACGAACAACCAGAACAACAUACUGCGCUUGUGAAUGAAGCAAAUACUGAAAAGGAAAAUAUUAUUUUAAAUACCACAUGUGCAGAAACAUCCAUCACAUUCCCAAAUUUGGACUCUCUUCUAGACCAAGAUGAGUUCAAGUGCAGAUCUCAAGAUCAAUCUUUUGUUACAAUGCCAUCUACAAAUUUUUGUCCCAACAAUUUUCAAGAAGAUACUGAGCCAAUGUUUACUAGUGCAUCUACCUCAAAUAACUCUCUGACACAAUCCUGUCUUGGUACUGACAUCAGAGAUCUAGCCGAAAAUACAGAAAAGGAAAUCAGGGACUUAAAAACUGCAUCUGAUAAUAAUGAGAGUUCAACAAAGCAUAAGCUGGAAAAAGUAUUGGAUAGGACAAUGGAAGUCAUUAAUAAGGGGAACUGCAGAUUUGAUUAUUUAUAUCAUCAUGUGGGACAAACUAAAGAUUGCAGCUGGAGAUUUAGAAGCAGUCUGGAUCAAAGUUAUCAAAGUUAUGGAGCUUAUUAUGAUAAUAUGAGUCAGAAACUUCAGUUUCAUCACCAGCCACAGAACAAGUGCCUCUUCUGCGAGGACACAACCGAGAAGCGAUGGAGACCUCACACAUUUAGCUGUUUAGUAACAGAAACUUUGAUGGCCCUCUUUACCAGCUGCAACAUCACACCGGAAGAGGCAGAAAGGAAGAUGCAGGAAUGGGGUGCAAGACCAGUCAGGGCAAGGCAGUGUAUUUCUCACAUAUGGAACAUCAUUGUGAAAUCGUCUUUAUCAUUAAAUGGAGUUGCGCAAGAAGUCGUGGAAUGUGAACAGAAAGUGUUUGCAAAGAAGCUGUUUGCUGUGGAUUAUGCUUACGCCUGUUUUCUGGCCAGGCCAUUGGUGAAGGCAAAAAUGGAGAAGCCAUCUCUACCGAUCACUAAAUCAGUUCGAAAAGGAAUAAAAGCAGCUACUGAAAGGUCACUGGCUGAAAAGAAAAGAAAAACGUUCAAGUCCCCAAUGUUAAGUGACAAUAUUCAAGCGCAAAGAAAAGCCAUGGCUUUUGGGAGAACAUACGAAGAAUCUCACAAUGGCGAUGCAAAAAGGAAGGCAGCGACUUGUAAGAAAAAGAGAAAAACGCGAAGGUCGAGGCAGAUUUCGUUGCUGGAUGAAGCAGGGAAACAAGAUUUGGAAGAACGUUGUAAAAAAGUUAUUGACGAGUUGACAUAGGGUAACAUGCGCGAAUCGCGCCCUGUUACAGUAUUAAUACGUUAUGUUACGUGAAAAUAGUGAUACCAGCCAAGAUCCUAGCAUGAAGCUGACUAAGGACGAGUCAGUUUGGUCGCGAGCUUAGAGAACUACUUCAGUCGAAACGGGAAUUUUUACGCUAUUUUUAAGUUUAUUUUUCCAGGAAAGUUCGGCAAGAAAAACAAGAGGCCUCGAGUUUGCGCACUCGAUUCAGUUUUAC